GCUCUUAUAGGAGGUCUGGGGGAGGCUAUGGGGGGGCCCUAUAAGGACUAUAGGGGUCCGGGUUGGGAUUUGGGGCCCCUUUGGGCUCCUUCCGCUUUCAUCGAGCACCAAAAUGAGGGCAAAAACCCAUUGCUUUUUGGGGCUUUCUCCGGGUGGGAUCAAAAAAGCGAAGAACCACCGUUGCCCAAAAGCGAACAGAAAUGGCCCAAAAUCCUCCUUUUUUUGCCCUCUUUCUCCUCAGAUUUCCUCUUCAAAUUCCUGGUGAUCGGGAGCGCCGGCACCGGAAAAUCCUGUCUGCUGCACCAGUUCAUCGAGAACAAAUUCAAACAGGAUUCCAACCACACGAUCGGGGUAGAAUUUGGCUCCAAAGUGGUCAACGUUGGUGGGAAGACGGUGAAGCUCCAGAUCUGGGACACGGCCGGGCAGGAAAGGUUCAGGUCAGUGACCAGGAGUUACUACCGGGGCGCAGCCGGCGCGUUGCUGGUCUACGACAUCACCAGCCGGGAGACAUACAACGCGUUGACCAACUGGCUGACGGACGCCCGGACGCUCGCCAGUCCCAACAUCGUCAUCAUCCUCUGCGGAAACAAGAAGGAUUUAGAUGCCGAUCGGGAAGUGACCUUCUUGGAAGCUUCACGCUUCGCUCAGGAGAACGAGCUCAUGUUCUUGGAAACCAGCGCCUUGACGGGGGAGAACGUGGAAGAGGCCUUCCUCAAAUGCGCCCGGACCAUCCUGAACAAAAUUGAGUCGGGUGAACUCGAUCCCGAGCGAAUGGGUUCGGGGAUCCAAUACGGAGACGCUUCUCUCCGCCAUCUCCGCCAACCUCGGGGUUCCGCCGCCCCCCAACGUCAGCCGUGCACCUGCUGAGCCCCGAUCUCGUGCCUCGACGGAGCCCCUUCCGACGCCGAUGGGAUUCCGACGGAUUCACUUCGGUGUCAUCGUCACCCCCUGAACCCCAAUAUCGUCCUCAAAGGGGUUUUGGGGGGUCCCUCUGCCCCCCAAGCCGCCUUCUAUGGGGUUUUGGGGUCCCUCUGCCCCCCAAGCCGCCUUCUAUGGGGUUUUGGGGUCCCUCUGCCCCCCAAGUCGCCCUCUGUGGGGUUUUGGGGUCCC